AUGGGUAUGGGCAUUGCUGCAAACCCAACGCCGACUGCGACUAGCGGGGUUAUAUAUCCCCAUAGGUUCAGUAACAAUGAAAGGAUCACUUUUCACAAUUGUCCUGCUGCUCAAACUCUUGUUGAAUACCCUCUGCGGCUCCCUACCGAGGUAGGUGCAGCUCGCCACCGCGUCGUGUACGAUUACAACAAACCACAUCAAUUUUGUGGGUGUAUGACGCACGACGGUGCUAUUGGCAAUCAAUUCGUUGCUUGUAACUGGCAGCAUUGGCUAUCGGAUCCAUUAGUAGAGCAAGACGGACUUAUCGCGCACCCUCCACAGAUUUCUGAAAUGGAUAUUAUCCACGAUGCAAAUGAGUGA